UAAUACGGUGAGCAAACGACGAACAAUAAACUACACAUUUUGAUGACAAAAGGAGAGACUUUUCAGUUUCACGCGAUGAAGAAGCUCAGCUCUCUUAAUCUCAUGGUGGUGAAUCUCUGAGUCGCACCUUUAGUUUCAGGUAUCUGGAUCUCGUCUGUGAUCGGAUUCUGUCCAGAGAGACGAAGGAGUAGAGUAGUGUUGAUUAGGUUUGUUCGUAAAAGAUGAGCUGCGGGAAUAAUGGAUACAACAGUUUGGAGAUGGAGUACAUUAAGAAGCAUCAUAGGCACGAGAUUUCCGAGAAUCAAUGCACCUCCGUUCUCCUCAAGCACAUCAAGGCCCCUGUUCAUCUCGUUUGGUCUUUGGUGAGAAGAUUUGAUGAACCACAAAAGUACAAGCCAUUUGUUAGCAGAUGUGUUGUUGCUGAGGGAAAUCUUGAGAUUGGUAGUCUUAGAGAAGUUGAUGUUAAGUCGGGUCUUCCUGCGACCACAAGCACAGAGAGGUUGGAACUCCUUGAUGACGACCAGCAUAUCUUUAGCAUCCGGAUUAUUGGUGGGGAUCACAGGCUGAGGAAUUACUCUUCAAUUAUCUCAGUCCACCCAGAAAUGACUGAAGGGGGGAGGCCAGGGACUCUAGUGGUGGAGUCGUUUGUUGUUGAUGUGCCUGAAGGGAACACCAAAGAUGAAACCUGCUACUUUGUGCAGGCGAAAAUUUUCUUCUUUUCUUUUUCCAAAAAGAUUUGA